AUGUUCUUAUUUCUACAAUGCUGCAUAAUGAUAAAUACCCAGAAGACAUGCUUCAUAGAUUACAACCUUGAUAAAUCGUUUGCUAAUAAAAACAGUGAAAAAAGUUCAUUAAAUUCAAGAACUGAUAGAUUAUUAUCAAGAAGUGAGAAGGAAACAAAAAAUGUAAUAUUAAAAUAUACGUUAUCUGGAAAUAGAUCUAAUAUAUCAGAAAAUGAAGAAAAUAAUAGUAAAUAAGACCAUGAUGAAAAAUGUGAAUCUAUUAAUAAAAUUAAUUCAAGAAUUGGAUCCAAAAAUUUAUGUUAGAAAAGCUCGUCCGUUAUACACAAUCUUUUUGCGGCGAUACUUAAUUUCUUUGAAAAAAAAAUAUAAAAAAGAUUUAGUCAUACAUAUAAAUACAGGAAAUUCACUGAUUUUACUAAGCAAAACAAUUUAAAACCUUCACUAUAUAUUAGUACCACAUUAACAUUUGCUCUAUCAGGAAUAGUUUUUUUUUAUAAUUCUUUGAUUAACUUCUUUAUCAUAUUAUUACGGAGAUUCCAAUACUCGUACAUCAAACGUUUUUUUUAUUCUGCUAUAUAUUAUUUUAAAUAUAAGAGGUAUAGUUCCAAUGAUAUUAGUUAUUUUAAUAAGUUUUGCAAUUAUUAUUUAUAUACCAAAAAAAUACUUCAAAAAUGCCAAAGAAGUAGAAGAAAUGAAUAUAAAGUCUAAC